AUGGGUCUGUCGGAUCGCCGUGUCGCCUCAUCAGCGUGUCCACCCAAGACAGGCCGACCCAAGGUUUCCUUACUUAUGUUAUCCUUCCCUCCGGUAGCUCACUGUCGUUAUCUCUCGGCCGUUAUCGGACACAUCACCGAGCUAGGAAACUCUCCUCCUCCUUCUUUGGCAUCGCCACUCUACAAGAGUUUUCUCUACGCGUCGCAUACCUCUACCACAUCUCCCACAACAACUCAGCACAUCAUGCCUGUCCGCAAACCCCGUUGCAACUUCAAAGAAUGCAAAAACGCAGCUCAACGCAUCAUCGGCGACUGCACAUUCUGCAACGGCCACUUCUGCGACAAGCAUCGCAUGCUCGAAUCGCACGCCUGCAGCGGCCUGGAAGAUUGCAAGAAGGAAUCCCACGCCCGAAACGCAGAUAAACUCAACAGCGAGCGAACGACCGUCAUCAAGGGUGUUUAA